AUGAACUCAGCUUGUAUCCGAACCCAUCGCUUUGGCGCACACAGCUGUAUUCGGCUUUGCCCAUCAGCUCAUACUGUCGCGGGCUCUGCAGCAGCAUUCUACAGCCCUCACAGCUCCUAUGAGGCUCACCCUGAUGAUGCUCUAAGCCUCGUCCAUUGUCCUCCACCUCCACGAGUCCAUCCCACCCAGGCUUCCACCAUGGCCGCCGCCACCCAACCCCGGCCAUAUAGGCGCAUCCUCACCUCGGCGCUGCACCGGCGGUUUGUCCAUGCAUCUGCACUCUCGCUCCUCGUCUGCUAUGUCGUCUCAAUCGCAAUUGGCGACAAGUCAUCAUUUUUCUGGACAUGGUUCCCCAUCGGUCCCUGUGGGCUACGCGCUGUCAUGAUCUUCCUUUCAGUCCUCUUGGUAUUCGUCCUCCGUGUCAGUCAGAUGCACCUAGGCUCAAGGACAACGCCAUCCUCGCUCAGCACCUUCAAAUACUUGUUUCCGCUUCAGAUUGCUCACACAUUCUGCUGCUACCUCUUCUCAGCUUGGUGGUUCACUGAGCUGUAUCUCUGGUCGUCCUCGAAGGAGGCGCAGCUGGAUAUCGUGAAACGAGGCAGAUCACACGAGAGACCGCUUCUUAACGAAAGACCCAUUUACAUCCACACCUACCACCUCCUUCUGGCCUGCGCCCAGGCUACGGCCCACCUCUACUAUGACUACGAUCAGAUCUCCGUCCCUGUUACGCUACGAGCUACAAAGUCAACCGACCAGCGCACACACCAGGUCCUGACACCCUCGAAAUACAUUAAGAGUGCCCUCCCUCAGCGGAUCAAGUGUGGCCUGAUGAUGAGCGUGAUUAUCGCGGGAGCUACUCCGUUCCUCUACCUUCUAUUCUUGCGCCAAAGUGCCUGGAGCUUGUCAUUGUAUUUUGCCAAGCUCUUUUGGAGCUUCUCCCGCUCUGCGGCUCAGCCCGAUACCUUCUUCCCUCCAUCAUUUGGGCCGCUCAUCAUCCGAUCUCUCAUCUCGGGCUCUUUGCUUGUUCUCUGCUGGCAAUCGGCUAAUCUUUUCUUUUCCAUUUUCCUUGGCAAGGAACCUCUGAAGCGUGGACAGCCCCUUACUGCAGAUGCAAAGGAGCCGAAUACCAGCCUGUUGUCUGGUCUGAAGGCCAAGAAGCAUAUUGUGAAGGCAUUUGCUCUUUGGGAACUGGGUCUUAUCAGCCAGCGCCAGCCCGACCGCCGAAAGGCAAUCUUCAAUGAGAUUGACGGAGAUAACGGUUCUACAUGGAGCCAGAUUCUUAGCUGUGCGAAAGAAGAAAUUCAGGGUAUCACUAAACGCAUUGAGGCUAGCAAGGCUCCUAAGCCGGGUGCUAAGCCUGCUGGACAACCGAGCGGUUCUAAGCCUGAACUUCACACUUUGCCGCGGUUGACGGAUGCGCCCAAAGAUCAGAACAUCUUCACAACGGCCACGAAGGCGACUUCUCGCCAUGAGAAGUUUGGCGAGGCUUUUGGCUCAACGGCUAAAUCCUACGGGCAGUCACCGGACUGGACACCCACGGCGCGGGCGCGCGCUCGGGAGGUCUUUGAUAGGGCUUCUACAGCAAUGCUCAGCCCAGAGCGCAAGCAAAAGCUAUUAGCUUCUACCCAGGAGCUGAAGCGCCUUACCGGUGGCCCUUCCACAACCUAUAAGCCUGAAGACGUGCACCCGAUCAUCGUUCAAGUUCUUCAAUGGUGCCCGCCGCUGCGACAAACAUAUUCCCAGCGAGCAUCGAGCAUUGUAUUUGGCACUCCCGACUCCUCUCUUGGCUCAAUCGUGGAUGCCGUUGAUUCCUUGACGCGUAUGCUAAUUGCCAGUCUUGAUGAAGAUCAAUACGGCAAAGUGCAAACGGAUGUGCCAUCAGUGGUUAACCUAUUUACUCAGACUAUCAUGUCUCUCGAUGCUUUCGUUCAUCAGGGCGGUCUUGAUGCGCACUGGACCGACGUCUACUUCCCUCCCUCUAGCCAGCCCCAGGCACAAGCAGAGGCACGGAAAGUCCCCGAGGUGGAGUUGGUGCUUGAUACCCUGCAGAGCGGUUUAUGUGACCUUUUGGAAGCGUUCAAGCCCUACCUGCGGGACAUCGGUGUCACUGGCAAGGACCUUCGUCUGGCGAGGGAAGCCGCCGGUAUUGAGGAGGAUGAAUUCACUCUAUGA